UUGAGAGGCAUUUCUUCACCAGUUUGUGGAAMWCUACAACCAUGAAGUUCUUGCUUGUUGGAAUUCUCUUGUUCGCUUCUGCGACACUCCUUAAGGCAGAGUAUGAAGAUGAGGUCGAAGAGAUUGACUUUGAUGCUGAAAUGGACAUGAACGAUUAUCUGGCCAAGUGCAAAAACGAGUCAAAGAAAUGCAGGGAAGACGCUGGCGGUGACUAUCAUAAGAUUUUGCAGUGUGUAAAAGACUUUGCGAAAUGCAUUAAAGAUAACCAACCAAAACCAACCGUCCCCCCCUUCGUCCUCAAGUGUAAUGCCGAAUUAAAGAAAUGCAUGACGGCUGCUGGCGGAAGUUAUUUUAAGAAAAUGAAAUGCUUAAGAGAACUUGCAGUGUGUCUCCGUGAUAAUAGGCCCAAGUCUGACAAUGCUGACAGURAAGAUGCAGGUAGACCACGGCCAUCCCUUCCUCCUUAUCUGAUGAAAUGUAAGGCCGAGUCAGAGAAAUGCAUGAAGGCUGCUGGCGGUGAUCCUAAAAAGAAAAUGCAGUGUCGACGAGACUUCAUAAAAUGCAUCAUGGACAACCGACCACGACCAACGCUUGGACCAAAACCAACCCUUCCUGACUUUUUGCUCAAAUGUAAGGCCGAGUCAGCGAAAUGCAUGAAAGCUGCUGGCGGUGAUCCUAAAAAGAUGUUGCAGUGUCGAUUAAACUUUGUAAAAUGCAUCAGAGAAAACCGACCAACGCUUCGACCACGACCAACCCUUCCUGACUUUUUGCUCAAAUGUAAGGCCGAGUCAGCGAAAUGCAUGAAAGCUGCUGGCGGUGAUCCUAAAAAGAGGUGGGAAUGCCGAAAAGCUUUCAUGAAAUGCAUUAAAGACAACAGACCAACAAGGGCUCCUGACAGUGACAGUGAAGAUGCAACCACGCCCAUCUGGACGCCCAUCCAGGAGGCCACGCCCAUCUGGACGCCCAUCCAGGAGACCACGCCCAUCUGGACGUCCAUCCCGGCCUCCUUUUGUUGUGAAGUGCAGAAUGGCAGCGAAAAAGUGCUUUAAAGCUGCUGGAGACGAUCGUGGAAAGAAGAGGGAAUGCCGAAAAGCUUUCAUGAAAUGUAUUAAAGGCAAUAGACCAUCAAAGAAGCUCGAGAGUGACAGUGAAGAUGCAAGGCGACCACGCCCAUCCGGGAGACCACGUCCAUCCGGACGUCCAUCCAGGAGACCACGCCCAUCUGGACGUCCAUCCAGAAGACCACGCCCAUCUGGACGACCAUCCAGAAGACCACGCCCAUCCGGACGUCCAUCCAGGAGACCACGCCCAUCUGGACGUCCAUCCAGGAGACCACGCCCAUCUGGACGUCCAUCCAGGAGACCACGUCCCUCCGGACGCCCAUCCAAGAGACCACGCCCAUCUGGACGCCCAUCCAGAAGACCACGACCACAUAAGCAUGAUAGUGAAGACGCUAGGAGACCACGUCCAUCCAGGAGACCACGUCCAUCCCGGAGACCACGCCCAUCUGGACGUCCAUCCAGGAGACCACGUCCAUCCAGGAGACCACGCCCAUCUGGACGUCCAUCCGGGAGACCACGCCCAUCAAGAGGACCACGCUAAUUCAGGGAACCUGACAGUAACAGCCAGUAAUAAUGCCCGCGUCAAAAGCAUAUCAACACAUGGGAAUAUUAGUAAAUUGUAAUAUUCAAGUAAAAUAGUUCAAUAAAUAGAAUCGAUGAACAU